AUGGCAAUCAUCUCUCCCGACCCAGCCAUCCAAGACCUGAAGCUCACAAUUCGAGAAUCAACACUCUUAUUCCCGCCGCAAAAUCAUCAAAAAUCUCUUUUCCUCUCCAACAUCGACCAGAUUCUCAACUACUACGUCCCCACCGUCUUUUUCUUCUCCCCCAACAAAGACUACCCUCCGGAGACCGCUACCCAUAGGCUCCGGUCGGCCCUCCAGAAGCUUCUCCAGACCUACGAUUUUGUGGCCGGAAGACUUAAGCUGAACCCCGACACUGGCCGCCUCGUCAUCGACUCCAGCAAUGCCACCGGAGCCGGUUUCGUGGCAGCUUCAUCUGCUUUGACCCUGCCCGAGCUCGGCGACUUGCUCUGCCCUAACCCCAUUUUCCGGCAGCUCGCUCGUCAGACUCUUCCCGGCAUAGAGGAUCAGCCUCUACUCGUUCUCCAGGUGACAUCAUUCAAAUGCGGCGGCCUAGCGCUCGGCAUGUCCGUAAACCACAUUCUUUUAGACGGCCUAAGCGCGAAAGCCUUCAACGAGAAUCUCGCAUCCCAAUGCUUCAACGACGGGCGACAGCUGGCGGUCCUCCCCUGCCUCGACCGCCGCCUCCUCACCGCCCGGUCACCGCCCCACGCUGAUUUCCACCACCCGGAGUUCUUCAAACCCGACCACCUCCCUUCCUCCGGCGGCCCUCCGGUUUUCGACUGCAAGAAAGAGGAACUCUCCUUCAACGUCUUCAAACUAACUCCGGCAGACAUCGAUUUCCUAAAAAACGAGGCGAAAAAAGGCGGCAAACUAAAAGCGAACCCGAAACUAAUCAGCAGCUUCAACGUCGCCAUGGCAAUUAUAUGGCGUUGCAAGGCCCUGUCGAAAAAAAAUGAUGAAAACGAGAUUUCUACACUUCUCAACGUGGUUGAUCUCCGGUCGAGGUUGAAUAAUCCUCCGCUGCCGAUUUCGUACUGUGGGAAUGCGGUUCUAGUCGCGUACGCAUCGGCGAGACGCGGAGAGAUCGAGAAGCUUCCGUUUUCUGAGCUGGUGGGGAUGGUUUCGGAAGGUCCCGGAAGAAUGACGGACGAGUACGCAAGGUCGGUGAUCGACUGGCUGGAGAUCAAUAAGGGACUGCCAUGUGGCGAGUACAUGGUGAGCUCGUGGCUAAGGCUAGGGUUCGAGAGCGUGGAGUACCCGUGGGGGAGGCCCGUGCACGGCGGGCCCGUUGUUAACCAUAGGAAGGAUAUUUGUUGGGUUUUCCCGACGGGAGAUGGUGCAGUGAAUGCUUUGGUGUCGUUGCCGGAAGAGGAGAUGAUGAGGUUCCGAUCUGAGUUUCAUAGGUUUUUUAAGGGUUUGGAGAAUAUUGAUGCUGAUGAUACGGUUGCGAUUGGAGAUGAAACGAGCAAGGAAAUUAUGUCGGUCGCGUAA